UGAGCUUUAUACCAUCACACACCAACCAUGUCAUCCCACGACGAAUAUUCCUCUGAUGAGGAAGAUCUCUUUGAUGAAUCACAAAAGUCUGAUGUUUUCUUGGGAUUUGUGGAUGCACCAAUCACCGAGGAAGAAGUCCCCACUAUAGAAGACACCUUCAUUGGGGGCCAACCUAUUUGGCUACACCCUCAAUCACAACCUAAUGAAAAGUCACUUACUUGUGACAAUUGCAAUAAGAAGAUGGCAUUGCUUUUACAAGCAUUUGCUCCUAUGGAUGGAAAGCUCUACGAUCGUGUGAUUUACAUCUUUGGAUGCAAGGACACCAGACAAUGUUCCAAGAAGAAAGGCAGUAUUAAGGCAAUUAGAGGUAUUGUCAAGGAUCAAGAGACAAUCGAUAAGAUUAAAAAGGAGACCGAAGCAUUGCAGGCAAAGCAAUUGGAUGAGAAAUUGAAGGCUGAUAAUCAAAAGAAGUUGAAUAUUGAAUUAACCAAGGAUUUGUUUGGCAAGAAGGAAGAGAGUUCUAAUCCGUUUGGAGGGGGAAGCAACCCGUUUGAUAACAAGAACGACAACCCAUUUGCAGCUGGCUCCACAUCACCAUUUGGUGCUAAUCCUUUUGGAGCGAAAGCUGAAGAAGAACCAAAGAAGAAACCGGAAUCAUAUGCCAAAAUUGCCUCGAAGAACGAACCAAAGAAAGCUCCCAAGAAAAAGACUGUUAGUGACCUCCCUUCAUAUAAAGGUAGUUUUGUCUAUGUGGAUACUGAAAAGUUCAAGAAGGCCACCAAUGAUCCCGAAUUGGAGAAAUACAAACAUUUAAUAGAUAUGGAUGUCAACAAAGACGAUGACAGUGAGAGUGUUGGAGCCAGUAGAAGGGGUUCUUCUUCGGUAUUGGACCCUCAAACUUCCAAGAUUUCCAACAUGUUGGACGAUAAAUACUUUGAAGCCUUUUCAAACACCGUCAAGCAUAACCCAGGACAGGUAUUGCGUUACAAUUUAGGAGGGAAGCCAUUAUUAUACAAUGGUAAGGACGACGUCGCCAAGAAGUUCCUUAGUCAGCAGCCAGCUAACAUCCCACAGCCGGCAUACAACCCUUCCUCUGAACGUCAAUAUGAAUUACAGUUAAUGCCCAAGGCUAUUAUGGACUUGGAGGAGAUCAACACCAAUACUGUACAAAUUAGUGAUAUUCUUAAUGGGAUGUCGUGGGGGACAAUUAUAGUUGCUACUGAUAAGGAAGAUUACAUGCCUGAACAAGAGUUUGAUGAAAAUCAUGUGGCUUAUAUAGAAGAAUGGUGUGGAGUACAAUGGGAAGAGAGUGUAUAGAGCAAGCAUAAUUAGAAUAUCUUAUGACAAGUGUACAACCUGUGUAAUUCUGUACGAGGUGAUUAGGAAACU